UAAAUAUAAAAACCACGCAUUAUUUUUUGGCACAUGAUCCAUAAUCUCCACCCAAAGACUCCCCAAACUCUCUUCAAACGAAUCGGAUUGUCUGAAAAGCGACUCUUACAAACUAAACGGAACCGAUUAAAUAUCUCUUUUAAUCCCUAAUUAAAAUUCUCAUACUUUGAUCAGAAAGGCGGCGGACCAUGUCGUUCGAUCUGCUGUUGAAGCCGUCGUGUAGUGGUUGCGGAUCGACCACGGACUUGUACGGAAGCAAUUGCAAGCACUUGACUCUGUGCUUGACCUGUGGCAAAACCAUGGCCGAGAACCGUGGAAAGUGCUUCGAGUGCGGCACCACCGUCACUCGCUUGAUUCGAGAAUAUAAUGUUCGUGCAAGUUCUAGCAACGACAAGAAUUACUUUAUUGGUAGAUUUGUGACUGGGCUGCCAAAUUUUUCGAAGAAGAAAAGUGCUGAGAAUAAAUGGUCUCUACAUAAAGAAGGGCUUCAAGGACGCCAAGUUACUGAUGCCUUGCGGGAGAAGUACAAGAAUAAACCCUGGCUAUUGGAGGAUGAAACAGGGCAAUUCCAGUUUCAAGGUCAUCUUGAAGGUGCACAAUCUGCUACGUAUUACCUAUUAAUGAUGCAAGGAAAGGAGUUCGUUGCUAUCCCUGCUGGGUCUUGGUACAACUUUAACAAGGUUGCACAGUAUAAGCAACUUACGCUGGAGGAAGCAGAAGAAAAGAUGAAGAAUAGGAAAAAGACUGCUGAUGGAUAUGAACGAUGGAUGAUGAAAGCUGCAAAUAAUGGAGCUGCUGCAUUUGGUGAAGUGGAGAGGUUUGAUGACAAGGAGAGUGGUGUGGCUGGUGGGAGGGGACGUAAAAAAACAACUGGUGAUGAAGAAGAAGGUAAUGUUUCAGAUAAAGGGGAGGAGGAUGAAGAAGAAGAGGCAGCAAGGAAGAAUCGAUUGGGACUCAACAAAAGAGAAGGUGACGAUGAUGAGGAAGGUCCAAGGGGUGGUGAUCUUGAUUUGGAUGAUGAUGAUAUUGAAAAGGGUGAUGAUUGGGAGCAUGAAGAAAUUUUCACUGAUGAUGAUGAAGCAGUUGGUAAUGAUCCUGAGGAAAGAGAAGAAUUGGCCCCUGAAGUUCCUGCUCCUCCAGAAAUUAAGCAGGAUGAAGAGGACGAGGAUGAAGAUAAUGAAGAAGAGGGUGGACUGAGUAAAUCUGGAAAAGAGUUGAAGAAGCUACUUGGGCGAACUGGUGGGCUGAAUGAUUCAGAUGCUGAGGAUGAUGAUGAUGAUGAGGAUAUCGAUGAUGAUAUUGGCCUUUCCCCUGUGCUGGCUCCAAAGCAGAAGGAUGCACCUAAAGAGGAACCUGCUGAAAACAGUCCUUUAAAAACGGCGCCUUCUGGACCUGCUAAGGGAACCCCAUCUAGCUCCAAGUCUUCGAAGUCUAAGAGAAAAUUGAAUGGGGAUGAUGCAAAAGCAACAAAUGGUGCACCUCCAAAGAAGGAACUAAAAUCUUCUGUAAAAGAAGAAAAUGUUCCUACUUCUAAAAGUACUGUGCCUUCAAAAGGAACACCAUCAUCAUCAUCAAAAUCUGCUUCAACAUCAUCUGCUGGGCCUGUCACUGAAGACGAAAUCAGGGCUGUUUUAAUGCAAAAGACACCAGUGACAACUCAGGAUCUUGUUGCUAAUUUUAAGGCAAGAUUAAGAUCACCAGAGGACAAGAACGCAUUUGCUGCCAUCCUGAGGAAAAUUUCUAAGAUACAGAAGUCAAAUGGAUCCAAGUCUAACUAUGUUGUUUUGAGAGAGAAAUGAUUGGAUCCAUCCAUGUACAUCUGCUUUUAAGUGAGCUGGUAUUCGCCCCUUCCUCCUACCCCAACUACUUUAACAAUCUCUUAAAUGUGUUCUUAAUUCUUCUAUAUAUGGUGGAGGAUAAACAAAAACUUUUGCAGAUAUUCUGACGAAAAUUUCUAAGAUAUACAGGACAAAUGGAUAUGACUGUUGUUUUGAGCGAGAGAUGAUUGAGUCCAUUUGCUUUUCGUUGCUUCCCGCCAGCCAAUUUCCCCAAAUCCAACAAUGUCAUUUCUAACAAAACCCUAUCCGGCUAUCACAACCUUCCUCACCCCUUUCUCCAAAAAAAAAAAAAAAAUCCUAGUCAUGCAAGGAGGUUGUUUUGUAUAAGAUCCAUUUUAGAAUCAAAAGUUGUGUCAAAAUUAUGGAGGAUAAAUAUUGGGUUACUUUGUACUGAUAUAUGGUAUCUCGGAUCUGUAUGCAUUUACAAAACUGUAAAGGUGGAGCCUAAUGAGCUUUGGAUA